AUGAAUGCUUUCACAUUUUCCUUCACUUAUACAUUAUUAUUACCAUACCCCAAAACUCUUCUUUUUUCUCCUAAUAGGAAAUCUUCAUAUGCAUCUCCACAAGCCAUUCCAAAAAAAUCAUCAUCUACACAACAUAAUAAACUUAAACCCCUAAAGAAACCCUUAUUAGAGCCUUCAUUUCUAGAAGUUUUCUUGAAUGCAUGUGAUGAUUUCAUCGACACGUACAUCGAUCCUCCACGUCAUCCUUUUAUUGAUCCAGAAUGUGUUUUGUCUGACAACUUUGCUCCUGUUGAUGAACUUCCUCCAACAGAAUGUGAGGUGGUAAAAGGCACCCUCCCACCAUGUCUCAACGGUGCUUACAUUAGAAAUGGCCCAAACCCACAAUAUUUUCCUCGUGGACCUUUCCAUUUCUUUGAUGGUGAUGGAAUGCUUCACUCGACUAAAAUUUCUCAAGGUAAAGCAAUAUUUUGUAGUCGUUAUGUCAAAACUUACAAAUACUUGGUGGAGAAAAAAGCAGGGUAUUCAGUCAUUCCUAAUGUCUUCUCCGACUUUAAUAACCUUAUUGCCCUUGUGAUUCGCGGAGCAAUGUCUAUAACUCGAAUUAUAAUUGGUCAAUUCGAUCCAAGCAAUGGUUUUGGCCCCGCAAAUACUAGCUUGGCACUAUUUGGUGGCAAAUUAUUUGCUCUUUAUGAAUCCGAUAUUCCUUAUGCUAUAAAAUUGGCCCCAAAUGGUGAUAUCAUAACUAUUGGUAGUCACAAUUUUGAUGAAAAUCUUUCUAUAAAUAUGACAGCCCAUCCUAAAAUCGAUCCAAAUACUAAUGAGGUUUUUGCCUUUCGAUACGAUCCAAUAUUAUUUCCAUACUUAACUUAUUUUCGAAUUCACCCUAACGGGGUCAAAAGUCAUGACCUACCAAUUUUCUCUAUGACACGUCCAUCAGUCGUUCAUGACUUUGCUAUUACAAAAAAUUAUGCCAUAUUUCCCGAUAUACAAAUUGAAAUGAACCUUUUAGGGCUCAUCACCGGUGGAGCACCGGUGGGUACCAACUUGAGAAAAGUACCUCGACUUGGGGUGAUUCCUCGUUACGCGAUAGAUGAGUCAGAAAUGAGGUGGUUUGAAGUACCAGGGUUCAAUAUGAUGCAUGCAAUAAAUGCGUGGGAAGAAGAUAAUGGUGAUACGAUAGUAGUGACUGCUCCUAAUAUAUUAUCGAUAGAGCACUUUUUGAAAAGAUUGGACCUAGUUCAUGCAACAAUUGAACAAGUAAAAAUCGACUUGAAGACGGGGAAGGUAAGUAGAAAUCUAAUGUCCAAGAGGAAUCUUGAAUUGGCAUGUAUCAACCGGACUUAUAUUGGCAAGAAGAACAAGUACAUCUAUGCAGCUAUUGCAGACCCUUUGCCAAAGGCAAAAGGUGUGGUAAAAUUGGAUGUAUCCAUGUUAGAAAUUGAUCAACAACCUGAUUGCAUAGUGGCCACAAGAAUUUUUGGACCAAAUUGUUUCUGUAGUGAGCCCUUUUUUGUGCCAAAGGACCAUGACAAUGUAUUUGCAGCUGACGAAGACAAUGGCUAUGUGGUGUGUUAUAUGCAUAAUGAGAGCACAAGAGAAUCAAGUUUCAUGGUGAUGGAUGCCAAGACUCAUGAUCUUGAAAUUGUGGCUGUUGUGAAAUUGCCUCAUCGUGUGCCCUAUGGUUUUCAUGGGAUAUUUGUGAAGGAAAGUGAUCUUAACAUGCUAUAG